CCAGCGGCCAUGUUGAAAUAGUUUGUUGUUUUUUUCCUGCGGAGGAUAAGGGGCCGGUGUGGACAUCAAGCCGCCCGGUCUCUCCUCUCUCCUCCCCCUCCCACCCAUUCCUCGCACACAAUCCCCUUCCUUCCCCUGUCCUUUUCCACUCUUCCCUGGUCCCUCGACCAGGCCCUUCAGCCCGCCAACUGGUUUGGUGGGGCGAGGUUGAAGGCCAAUCCCAGCAAAAGCCAUGGCGGCCUCCCUGGGAGCAGGCGGAGGAGCUGGAACUGGAGAUGAUGACUUUGAUCAGUUUGAUAAACCUGGUGCAGAACGGUCCUGGAGAAGAAGAGCUGCGGAUGAGGACUGGGACAGUGAACUCGAAGAUGAUUUACUUGGAGAAGAUUUGCUAUCUGGCAAAAAGAAUCAGUCGGACUUGUCGGAUGAAGAACUAAAUGAUGAUCUUUUACAGAGUGAUAAUGAAGAUGAGGAAAAUUUCAGUUCUCAGGAUGUCACAAUUAGUCUUAAUGCCACAUCUGGCAUGGUAACAUCAUUUGAACUGUCUGACAACACUAAUGACCAAUCUGGAGAACAGGAAUCUGAAUAUGAACAAGGAGAGGAUGAAAUAGUUUAUCACAAAUCUGAUGAAUCUGAAUUGUAUACUCAAGAGUACACGGAAGGACAAUAUGAAGGCCAGGAUGCUGAGUUGACAGUAGACCAAAUAGAAUAUGUGGAAGAGCCAGAGGAGGAACAACUUUACAAUGAUGAAGUGUUAGACAUCGAAAUCAAUGAACCUUUAGAUGAAUGUACAGGAGGUAUGGAAACUUUGGAACUCCAGAAGGACAUAAAAGAAGAAUCAGAUGAAGAAGAUGAUGAUGAUGAAGAAUCUGGAAGGUUACGUUUCAAAACUGAAAGAAAAGAAGGAACAAUUAUUAGGCUUUCAGAUGUAACUAGAGAGAGAAGAAACAUUCCAGAAACUUUGGAACUUUCAGCAGAAGCCAAAGCUGCAUUACUUGAAUUUGAAGAAAGAGAACGCCAGCAUAAACAGGGACGCUAUGGUUCAAGGCGGGGAGGAAGGAGAGGAGGUUCUUUAAUGUGUCGCGGAAUGGGAGACCAGAGAAGAGAGAACAGUGAGAGGGGAAGAAUAAAAGAUCACAGACCUGCUCUACUUCCUACACAGCCUCCUGUAGUGCCACAGCCUCCACCUCCUCCACCACCUCCACCACCUCAGCAGCAGCCAAUUAGAAGUCUGUUCCAGCAGCAACAGCUACAGCCUCUGCUUCCCUUACAACAUCCACAUCACCCCUCUCCUCCUCAAGGAAUGCAUAUGCCUCCCCAAAUAGAAACCCCAAGAAUAAUGAUGACCCCUCCUCCAGUGACUCCACAGCAGCCCAAGAACAUCCAUAUAAAUCCACAUUUCAAAGGAACCGUGGUAACUCCUGUUCAAGUACCCUUGCUACCAGUUCCGAGCCAGCCAAGACCUGCUGUAGGACCCCAGAGAUUCCCAGGCCCUCCAGAAUUUCCACAGCAUACACCUGGACCUGUUCCCAACAAUUUUAGCCAGCCCCCACGACUUCCUCUUCAGGACCAGUGGAGAGCCCCACCCCCUCCUCAGGAACGAGACCCUUUCUUUUUAGGAGUUUCAGGUGAACCAAGAUUCCCAAGUCAUCUUUUUCUGGAACAGCGAAGUCCCCCUCCACCACCACCUCCCCCCACGCUUCUUAACAGUAGUCAUCCUGUUCCUACUCAGAGUCCUUUACCAUUCACUCAGCCUGGACCAGCAUUUAAUCAACAAGGACAGCAACCAGUAUUUCCAAGAGAAAGGCCCGUGAGGCCAAACCUUCAACCUCCAGGUCCUGUGGGAAUUCUUCACUUCAGCCAGCCAGGAUCAGCAAAUACACGGCCUUUUAUUCCUCCUAGACAGACUUUCUUGCCUGGCCCAGGACAGCCGUUUCUACCAACCCAUGCACAGCCUAAUCUGCAGGGGCCAUUGCACCCUCCAUUGCCACCUCCACAUCAACCUCAGCCUCAGCCUCAACAGCAACAACCUCAGCAUCAGCAACAACAGCCCCAACAUCAACCACAGCAUCAUCAGCACCAGCCCCAGCACCAGCCCCCGCUUCAGCCCCAACACCAACCACCACAUCAACCGCCACAUCAACCUCCUCCCCAGCAUCAGCCUCCUCACCAGCCGCAACAUCAGCCACAGCACCAGCCGCAACAUCAGCCCCAGCAGCAUCAGCAUCAGCAUCAGCAUCACCACCACCUUUCUGUUCCUCCUCCACCUCUGAUGCCCAUGUCUCAGCCACAGUUUAGGCCUCAUAUGCAGACUGCUCAGCCGCAACCAAAUAACAAUAGAAUGCAGUGCCCCCAGCGCCAGGGUCUAAGACAUAAUACAGCUUCACAGAAUGUAACCAAACGGCCAAUGCAGCAAAUGCAGCCAACUGCUCCAAGAAAUAGUAAUUUGCGUGAAUUACCAAUAGCACCAUCACAUGUUAUAGAAAUGAGUAACAACCGAUGCUCCUCCACACCUGCAGCUCAAGUAAAGCCCAUUAUAAGCACAUCACCACCCACGCGAUCUGUGAUGAGUUCCAGGAAUACACAUGGAAAGACUGAAGUGAAAGUGAAGCCACUUAGUCCUGUGGGUCAACCUAAAGAAGAGGCAAAAACAGAACCAGAGUUCCCUGAUGAAGAUGAAGAAACGAGGUUAUAUCGUUUAAAGAUAGAAGAGCAGAAACGCCUAAGAGAAGAAAUCCUGAAACAGAAGGAGUUACGACGGCAGCAGCAGGCUGGUGCUAGAAAGAAGGAAUUACUUGAAAGACUUGCACAGCAGCAGCAGCAGCUUUAUACCCCACAACCCCCAGUAGAGCAAGAAGAACAGACAUCUUCACCAUCACCCACAAAUGGUAACCCAUUGUUACCCUUUCCAGGUGCACAGAUCAGACAAAAUGUGAAAAACAGACUUCUUGUUAAAAAUCAAGAUGUUGCUAUUUCAACUGUUCCGCCCAAAACAUCAAAUUUUGUACCAUCUGGUGCUAAUAUGCAGUAUCAAGGACAGCAAAUGAAACCACUGAAACAUUUGAGACAGGCCAGAACAGUGCCUCCAAGUCAGACUCAGCCAUCUCACAAAGUACUACAAGUAAAACCUGUUGACAUGGAGGAAUUGCCACCCUCAACCCAGACUUCUAGAGUGGCAUCGAUACCAGGCCGGCCCCAGGAAAUAAAACCUGGAGUGAAAAGGACCGUCAUGCAGCGGGCAAACAGUGGUAGUGGAGAUGGGCCACACAUCAGCUCCAAAGUCAGGGUGAUUAAGUUGUCAGGCGGGGGAGGAGAGAGUGAUGGCUUUUUUCACCCAGAGGGACAGCCCCAGAGGCUUCCUCAGCCUCCAGAAGUAAGACAGCAGCCUGCUCGGAAGGUCACACUGACAAAGGGAACACUUCAGCAGCAACAGCAUCCACCAGUGGCAGCCCACAUGCACUCAGCUAUACCUCCAGGGAUCAAAAACAUCCAAGGAAUUCAUCCAGCAAAAAAGGUCAUUAUGCAUGGGAGAGGCAGAGGAAUAGCAGGUCAUAUGGGUCGCGGACGCCUGAUGCCAAAUAAACAGAAUUUGCGAGUGGUGGAGUGCAAACCUCAGCCCUGUAUUGUGUCAGUUGAAGGGCUUUCUUCAUCAACUACUGAUGUCCAACUGAAAAACCUGCUGAUGUCAGUGGGACCCAUUCAGAGUUUACAGAUGCUUCCCCAGCAACGGAAAGCCAUAGCAAAAUUUAAGGAACCAGCACAUGCAUUGGCAUUUCAACAGAAAUUCCACAGGCAUAUGAUAGAUUUGUCCCACAUAAAUGUAGCCUUGAUUGUUGAGUGAUUUCUAAUAGGAGAAUCUGACCUUAUGCUGUACAAAUACUGUGGAAUUUCUUCAAUGAAGCUACCGGAGCAGAAUCCUCAAGAUCUUAGAUGUUUCCAGUCUGCAGUCUAGAGCUGAUGUUCGGAGCUGCAGAUGGCAACAGGAUUGAGUCGAGAAGAGCUGAACUUACAGGAUAUAGCAAACUGGAGUUUGGUGUUAGAUUUCUUCAAAUUCUGUUGUAACCACAAAGAACUACAGUUUUUCAUUUUCUUUUGUUUUCAAAAUGCUUACAAUGCAUGUAGACAUUGUUCUUCAAGAUCUUACUGAAUGAUCGAGCACAGUGACUUAGAUUCCGGAAAGAACAGUAAUGUCACAAAUUCUAAGUAUUUUUCACAGCAAAGAAUAUUUGAUAAUGGUUGCACUUAUCUUCAGUGCAGGCUAGAAAACAGUUUUCUCGACCAAGCUUAACUUGAGUUGUCUUCUUGGAAAGACCUCAAAAGGUUCUUGUAAAAAUGUAGAUUAAAAUUUGUGAUUAUUGAUUGACAUUUGCAUAUCUUGGAAAGUCCCAGAGUAUGAGAGGGGGGUUGGGAGUGGUACCCAUUUGAAGUGGCAGAUUCUGCUUCUUGUAAAUAUUUCAAAAGCGCCAACUGUCUAUACCUAGUUCCAAGGUGAAACUACCCACCCCUUUUUACCACUAUUCCCAAAUAAGGGAAAAUACUGGAUAGGCACCAUUGCAGUUCCCUUCUGGCCUCUCAUCUUUUAGCUCUUUUACAUGGUUCCCUGUCAAUAGAGUUGCAUAUCACAGCUCCAGUGUGAGAUUAAAGAACAUUUGAGGGUAUAACAGACCUAUUCAAAUAUUUCUUCUUUUUAAGUACAGCCCAGUGUGGCAUAUUUAUGUCACUGGCUUUGUGAUAUAUAACAUUCUUUGGGAACCUGGAUAUAAUGGUUUUGAUUUUUUUUUUUUUUUUUUUUUUUAAAGGCCUUUUGAGCAGAGGAUGAACUGUCCUUUAGUGCACCUAAUGGCAAAAUGAUUUUUACUUUGGCUUAUAAUCCUUCAUGGAAAAAUGGAUGUGAGGUAAUGGCUAUCUUUCAGGGAUAAUAUAACAUGAAAUAAAAUGUAUGUAUGUGUCAUCGUGCAACUGCUUUUAGUAAUUCUUGAAGUUCCUUUAGGUGAGACACUUAUUCUCCAUAAAGCAACGUUUAGUCAAUUUCAUUCUAAACAAGCAUUGAAACAAGUGCCUUAUUGUAUUUCUGCUCAUGAAAGAAUCUCACUGUUUUGCAUAUGUUCUAAUGUGGACCUGAACUAUUUGAGCAAAUAGUAGUAGGGCAUACUCAAAUGACUUUUUAGCUAUAUUUUAUACUUAACGAUUUCAUGUCAAUUUUAUUGACAUUAUUAGUAGACCUAAGGGAAAUGGAAGGCUGUUAUCACUUAAUUUAUCUAGUUAACCCAGGAAAGGCCAGAAUAUGAACACUGAACCCUCUUUGAAGCAAAUGCAUUCCUUUAUAUCUGUCAACCUUCUAAUAGGACUUAAAGGAGACAAAGUUCAUGUGAGCUUGAUCAUCUUGUGUUUUCACAAUUGAAAUUUUAUAUUACUUUUCAAAUUAAGUUACCAAAACAAAUAAUAAGAACUGGAGAAGAGUAUCCCCUACCCUUAUGAGACUUUCCGUAGCAUUGAUUCUAAAAUGACAUCAUGUGCCUAAGAAUAAGACUGGAAAAUGAAGGUGGUUGUUUUCAGUGACUGCUCUUCAAAAGAUUUUGGUUCGAGAAGACAAUAGGCAUUCCUAGGAUAUGUUAGAACUUUGAAAGUAAAUCUUAUGCCAGCCAAGUUGGCUCUAGCUGGUGGUGACUAGUCACUUUUGGUCCAGAAAGUCCCUAAACUUGGAAGAUUGUGUUGUAUAUCAUCCACGCUUGUGGAUGCCACCAGUACAGUUGCCCAAGUAAAAGUCAGUGCUGUUUGCCCUUCACCUGCUUGACAUAGGUUGUCACUGCCUACUUAUUUUCAUAAAUAUAUACAUAUAUAUUUUUAAAUGCAGUUUAUUUUGUUCAGUCCGCAGAGAGCUGCAUUGAAAUGAGUUUGGAAGCCUGUGAGCUCUAAUUAAGAGAGAUCAAAACCACUUAGUAUCCAUGUUUGGCAGUGAGAAGACUUACAGAUGAUGAACUUAAUGUUAUUAGGGAGGAUUUACUGAUGCAGUAAAAUCAGCUUAACAAACUUGUGCCAUUUUCUGAAAUGGUCUGAAAGAAUUUUGGUUUUGAAAUAAAAAAUCUGAGUGUUGUCUCUGAAAAGCAGGUAUUUAAGCACAUUUUUUUUUUCUAGUUAGUCAUGAUAACAAUACUAUUUGGGCACCAUUGUUCAAGCCUGAUUUCAUGGCUACCUUAAGGUCUGCUUUUGGCAUUAUCUGUAUGAUACGGUGCCAUGGGAGCAUGUAUGUGUCUGUAAGUGUCUACACACAUACGUAAGUGAGCUUUCUCCUAUUUAUAAUGUUCUUGAAAAGAUGAAGUAGAACUGGGUCUUCAAUAAAGCACUGGCUAGAAUGCCUAAAUGCAGUCUGGCCUCUCUUAAUAUACAAAUAACCAUUAUGAAUGGACACUGCUAAUAGAGACAAUCUGAGUAAUAAAGGUUUAGUUUUCUUGAAGGAAAGAAGCAGAAUUAGAAAAGUAAUGUUAUUUCCAUUUUCGGUGCACUUCCAGCAGUCAGACCACCUUAAGCUGAACCCUCUUGGAAGAUCUGUUGCAACCAUUAUCUUUGUUCUUUAUUUAUCAUGCAUUUAAAAUAAGAUGCAAAAAGCAUUUAAGAUACUAUGUAAAUAUGGACCUUUUAAAAUUAAAAUGUUAUUGAAAAUGCUUUCAAUUCAGCAACAUCUUAGCUAUUUGUUAGUUCUUUUGUGUUGUCUUAUCAAAGUUUGAUGGAUAUAGUUCCAUAAUUGUUGAUGUGUUUAUGUGUAUAUUCGAUUUUUAUAAAGAUGGUAGUAAGUCAAUACAUUUAUCCUGAUCUGUGUAUUAUUUGUUCACAAAUUCAAGAGGCUUAACGCCAGUCAAUAUCAAUAUAUCUCAUCGGUAAAUACAAUGGGUGAUUAUGUGGAACCAAGUUAUUUUUCUCUUUUCUUUUUGCGUUAUCUUGUUUUAAGUUUGUGCUGUAAUAUAAGCUCACUUAGCUACUUAUCUGAACAUAACCUUGCAAUAUCAUUGGUCUGGCCACAUUGGUUGAAUUCUUAUACUGAUAAUCUUUUAGAGGAGAUAUCUCAUCUCUCUCCUUUUUUUUUUUUUCCAAAAGAAAUUUUGAGGGUCCCUCCCACCUCCACCCCUUUCUGAACAGGUAGCAUCAUAAGUAUGUACCUGUAUCCUUGCCUCAUUGUGGAGAAGAGUUCAUGAAUGGGUGGGGGGUAGUUGUUUCAUUAUAAUUAUUUUUGAUUUUGGUAGUUCAUAUCAUGAUUUGUAAAGAUCCUGGAUAAACAGUUGUUUAAACUUGGUUCUUUAGCUUUUCUGAAUUGUGACACAGUUUAGAUCCUGCACCCAGGGGUCUUUUUUCAAACAGCAUUUUGCUUAGUUAUGAAAAUAGAAGCUUUUGUUACUUAAGGCGGCUGGGUAAGGUGUUUAGGUUGAAGGGGAGGGAGGAACAGAUAGAAGUGGGGAGAGGAGAGUUUUGUAGAAUGGAGAAAUUCCAAUGUAAGUGUUAAUAAUAAAAUUUCUUCCAACACAUUAACUCUUAAAGGGAGUCAAAUUGGGAAUAUGCAGGGCAGAGCACAUGGGUGGAUGUCUCCUGAGAGGAAUGAGAGGGCAUUAGCCUGUCACAUUAAAACCACAAAUGACUAAACAACUUGAAUUUAGUGGGUAGUUAAGCUCCUUUAGUAAGAUGAGGACAUGACUGGUGCAUGUGGUAGUUUAGAAAAAGAAAACCGAAGAUCCUGUCUGUGAUCCUUUCAGUAGGAUUAGUUUUGAGAAUUUACCACUUUUUUUUUCCUUCUUGGCUUUUGAUGUUUUGUUUUUUGUUUUUUGUUUUUUGUAUUUCUUUGUUAUAUAAUUGGAAAGGUAAGCUCAACAGGAUACUUGGUUUAUGACAGAAUUACAUUUUCGUAGCAUAAUUGAACAAAAACAAGAUUGGUAUAUUGUAAUGACUACAGUGUUUUUCUUGUACAUUGUAGAGUGUUAAAAACCUCUUUACUUUUCUAGCUGUUUUUCCCUGUCCUGUAUUCUCUCACUAGAGAGACAAAAUGCUCAGUUUUCAAGAAACCCAUUCCCCUGGGCAGUGUCUGUAGUGCUCAUGAUUUUUGACUUUGGCUUAGUCAUUUUUAUGUUCUUUCCAGAAAUCUACUCUUAUUUUCUCUCCUUUCCUACUUAGAGGAUUCAGUUCUGGUUCACUUACUUUUAGACCUAAUUUCCUUCAUUAAGGUGUAGCACCCCCCCCCCUUUUUUUUUUUGAUUUAUUUGGAGUUGCAGGAGCUAGGAACAGAAGUGAGGGUGGGAGAGACAGAAAACUUGAAAGGUAUUGCUGGUUCUUAAAAAUAUUUUUUUUCGUAAAAAAAUAUUUUUUAAGUGAUGUAUUCUAAAAGGAAAUUAAUUCUAAUAAAGGGAGAGGGUGGAAGAGAUAAAAUGGGAACAGGAGAUUCAACUUCAAGGGAGCCAAAAGGAGUUUAGAUCAAUUAGGGGAAAAGUUUAGAUAAUUUAUUGUAUUUAAUAAGCAUUUCAAUAGACCUUUCCACUAUUUAAAAACUUGAAAAUGAGGUGUUAUUUUGGACAUUCUUAAAUAUGGACUCUCCAAAGGCAUUUAGCCUUGAUUUAAUAUUAAAUCCUAAGGAUUUUAUGUAAGGUUUUUUUGCAACCUAUUUAAUUUUUAUCAUUUAAAAUGCCUAACUUCUUAGGUACAUAAGCCCAUGGUUUUAUGUACUGGAACCAAAGCAAAACUCACUGAUUCAUAUUGGAUCCUCAGGUAUACCAUCUUCUGGUAUCAUAUGGUUGGGAAGGAUCAUUUGUUUCACACUUUGUAACCUGCCUUUUGUAGAGAACGUUUGAAAAAUCUUAACCCUUCUGUGCCAUGUUUUGGUAGGAAAUCUUUUUAAUUAAAAUGGGCUGGUAGAACAGGUAUUUCUAGUGAGAAGUUUCUUGAGUACUUGCUUUUUCCUUUUACUUCUAACCAACUAAAGUAUAAAAAGGUCUUCAUGUUGGUAUUUUGCUUUGUUUUAUUUGACUAAUUUUAUAAGGUAACUAGAAUAAUAUAGGCUCAUUGAAAAGAAACAUGUAAAUUUUUUAUUUUAAUAUGUUCCACAGAUUGGACAAACAGACUUAUUACUUUAGUAUAUUCCAUAAAUUUUAAAAUACUUGAGAAAGUAGACCUGACAUUCUUAUAACAUUAUUUUCCUUGAAACUACUUUUCAUUUUCAAGGGCACAUGAAUAGAACCUGAUUUUUAAAGGAAUUUUCAAACUUGUGCACUAUGCAGCAUUGUCUUCAGAUAUAUAAUAUGGGUUUUUAAAACUCUGUGCACACACGACACGUUUAUGCUAUUUACUGAAGAGCAAAUAAUCACUAAUUUUUAUAAUUUAGCUUUGCUUUUUCACAGGCAUGGGAUCCAGAAUUGUUUUUACCUCUAUGAGGAUUUUAACUCUUAGGCUUUAAUUCCAGUGUUUAAUUUUCAGGUACAACAAAGAAAAAGCACGAAAUCUGAUUUAUUCAUUUUCUCUCAUUGCUGGACUUCUCUAUUCUCUUCUUGCUACCAUCAUUUUAUUAACUGGAUCACAUCACCAAGCCAUCCUCCCAUGCUUCUCCCUCUCGUUACUUUGCUUUACUUGCUUAAAUUCAUCUAUCAUCUGGUCACUGCUAACUUUCUUCCCAUUCUGCAAUUCUUUUAUUUUCUUUUACUUUCCCAUCUCUGGAUCUUGUUUGUACUCCCUCCCAUCCACCUUCUUUUGGUGAUGAACUUCCCCAUUUGGUGGCAGGUGCUUCCCUCAUUUGUCUCUGUUCAAUAUUAGUAUUUUGAAUUCUACUCUUUGAGGGAAAAUGUUUUGAAUAUUUUUGCACUGUGUUUACAGCUUAUUUAUAGCUAAACCUUUGCUUUGACAGGUUUUUACUCACGAUUUAUUCCUCCAGGUCUUUGAUUGGAGAGAAUAACAUUUCAAUUCUGUUAUUUUGCAGUUAUACUCUCUGUAGGAGUGUGUGGCGUUACCAUAACAAAGAUGCCAGUAUCCUGCAGCAUGCGGUUAGCGAUGUAAUUAAUUAAUCACCCACUUUCUUUGUUUUUUUUAUUCCCUCUACUUUUGCAGGACCUCUUUUGCAUGAGUUCAGUAGUAGUAGUAGCGUGCCUUAUUAUUCUACUGGGAAGUGUUGGCCUAUUUGACCAUCUGUUAUUACUCUUGCUGACUGUGAUCCUUCCUAACCUUAACAUAUAUGCCCCAUACAUGCUGUUUUUGGGUCCAGCUCUGAUGGGGAAUAUGAAGCUGUGUUUUUUGGGGGCGCAUUGAGAGUUUAAAAUUCAAGAGAUGACUGAAUUACUUUCCUCUGGGUUGAUCUACUUCAUGUUUUCUACCAAACACACUAUAUUUAUGUUUGUGGGAAAUGAUGUUGCCAUGUUUUACCCCAUUUUUCACUUUGCAUUAACCGCUUUGACAACUUUACCAGGAAUAUAUGUGAAGAAUAAUAGUGGCAUAAUUGAAAAUAAAAUGUAUUGUUGUGUGUAUCAUCUGUGUGACUCAUACCAAAAAAUCUGUUUUGAACUGUAUUGUAAUUUGAAAGGCAUGUUAAUAAAAUUUUGUAGUUUCCACUUACGUUCUGUAGCUUUCAUUUUAUAUUGCCACUCAGAUUCUGUUAUAUCACAUCUUCUUACCUGUGUAGACAAAAGACAGCAUUUCUUACCCUCCUUAAGAGGACUGGGUUUGUUUUUCCCCCAAGAAGUGGUGGUGUCCGUCCCCAGGCCUUCCCAGACUCGCAUCCUCAUGUGCAGCCUUCCGCCAUGCUGAGAGCCCCGCUGCGCAGCCGGGAGAAAGCCAGCCGCCGCGCCAGAGGCAGCCCAAGGCCUUGAGAGAGGCUUUCUAGAAACAGGUGGUUAAUUGACUCUCCUGAAGGUCGUGGUAGCCAUGACCUUCAUCAUCUUCCCAUGCUUUAAAAAACUUUGAACUGGCCAAACACACAACAACAAAGUACGUUUUGUUUUGUUGGGGGUGGGGCAUUAAUAUUGUCUUUUAAUUUUUAAAAGCGUAAUUACAAGUAUUCAAAAGAAAUUUGUAUUCUAACACUAUUUUAAAGAAGACUGAAAAUGGAGUAAUGUAGUCAACCAUCCUAUUUGUUUUUGUUACAUGCAUGUGUCUUGUU